GCUACAGUAUUAGGUAUCGUAAAACCUACAACCAAUUCUAUAAUCUCAAAAAUAUACCUUAAUCUUGAUUAUUAAAUCAUCUUUAAGUCUACUCCCAUAUCGUUCACUCUUUAAAGAAACGGACAAUAUUUGGAGGCAUCACAUCAUAAAUCAACGACGAUGGAGCAACAGACCGACGGAGCAAUUCAGCUCUCAUUCCCACUACCGCGAUCCUUAGAUACCAAGAUUCAUUUACGGUUAACUAUCAAGUCGAAAAACAUCACCUUGUUCCUCACAACAAGAAGUGCUGAUGAAGAGAACCAGCCUUGUUCAAUGGGGUCUUUCAUUUAUGCGUUACCUGACAAAUAUAACCCAGACCAGCCACUCUCCACCACAAUUUACUCCAGGGAAGAUACAUUGGAGUUGACAACUCGGCUGGCAAAAAUAUUAGCCAAGAAAACACAGAUGCCUGUGUAUGUUGGAAAUUCCAUCAGCUUCGCAAACACUGGACUGGGUGGAACAGUAGAGGAGGAAAUGGAAGCCUUCAAAAAGGUUGUCGAAGUCACGCUCAGCAAACUUCAGGAUGUCAUUAAGUCGCCGCCAGGAGCCUUACCAAAUGGAACAGGCAGCUCGUAAGGAACUCGUCGACAUCUUGGACUAAAGUACAUAUGAACAGAGCUGCGUCUCUUUUCCGCAGCACAUCAACUCUACCGUUGUGCUCAGUCGGCGCAGUCCAGACCAAGCCACUGUUCCAGCGCCCCCUCGUUACAGAGGGUACUAAUUCGCACCACGCGCGUAGAAGGAGGAAGGGCACGAGUUAAGCUUAAUUCGCGACCCUUGGCCAGAAUAUGACCUGGAUAUCUGUUGAUCUAGUAGGAUUAUACGCUACGAUUCCUAAGAAACUCGGAAAUGGAUAUUCAAUACCAAGAAAGGAGUUGAAACAGAAUCGCGAUAUACAAGUCAU